AUGGCUUCCAAACCCACCACCACCAGCACUACCACAUGCACAUCCGGCCUUGACGCGGCCCUGGCCGCCAUCCUCUCCCGCCGCCAGGCUCGGAACCUGCUCCGACAGCUAACCCUCCCUCCAUCGCCAAACCCCUCUUCGUCACGACGAGUACCACCACCACUGCCUCCCCCAGCAGAUUUCUCCUCAAACGACUACCUCUCCCUAUCGCACAACCGCACCAUCCAAACCUCCUUCCUGGCCCGGCUGCAGCAGGAGGCCUCUGAAAGGGAUGGUCGCGGCUUCGCGCUCGGGGCUCGCGGCUCACGGCUCCUUGACGGUAACUCGGCCCUGGCCACGACCCUCGAGGCGCGCAUUGCCGCCUUCCACGGCGCCGCGGCGGGCUUGCUGUUCAACUCGGCGUUUGACGCCAACGUUGGACUGCUGGGCUGCGUACCGCAGCCGGGUGACGCCGUCGUGUACGACGAGCUGGUGCACGCCAGCGCGCACGACGGCAUGCGGCUGAGCCGGGUCGUGCCCGAGCGGCGGCGGGCGUUUGCCCACAACAAUGUUGCCUCGCUGAGGGCGGUUUUGGAGGAGUUAGUUGCGCACGACGCUGGGUACGUGAAUGGGGAGCGGAACGCGUUUGUCCUUGUCGAAGGCGUGUACAGCAUGGACGGGGACGUGGCACCGCUGCGGAAGGUGGUGGAGUGUGUGGAGAAGUGUUUGCCGCGGGGCAAUGGUUAUGUGAUUGUUGACGAGGCGCAUUCGACGGGCAUCUUCGGGGAAAAGGGGCGGGGCCUGGUAUGUGAACUAGGGUUGGAGGCGAGGGUUUGGGCGCGGGUGCUUGGGUUCGGCAAGGCGAUGGGUUGCGCGGGAGGAAUUGUGCUCUGCUCCGAAACCACCCGCCUCUACCUGAUCAACUAUGCUCGCACGCUGAUCUACACAACAGCGAUGGGCUUCCCUUCACUGGCCAGCAUAGAAGUCACGUAUGGCUUUCUGAUGAGCGGCCAAGCAGAGCCACUUCUCGCCUGCUUGAAGAUGUUGGCACGGGAGUCCCAUUGCCUUCUCUUGGAUAUUUGUCGUCGCCGCCGCCCUCCCAUAGCCCUGCUAAGAGUUAACGCUACCGAGCCACCAUCUCCCAUCAUCCCCGUGUUUACAUCCCUGCCGCGGAGCUUGGCAGAGUUUUGCCAGAAGAAGGGAUUCAUAGUGCGUCCAAUUGUCGCGCCCACGGUGCCGAAGGGCAAGGAGAGGAUAAGGGUAUGCCUGCAUGCUGGCAACACACUUGACGAGGUCGAGGGCCUGGCCAGAGCGGUCGAGGCAUGGGUGGUGAUGUGGGGGCGGGCGAGUAAACUCUAA